CAUUCAUCUCGCAGUCGCAAUGUGGCGACAUUCGUUCCAGCGUUUCUCGUUAGCGAACAGAGAGAGGUAUGUAAAGAUCUUUGCGCCUAAGCCUGUCCACUCCCAGAGGUCCUCGUCGUCGUGUGAUCAAAUGUAUGAGAGUUUGGUGUCAUCGGUGAUAUUUCAAUCUUCCUUUCCAUCAGCC